AUGUCAGGCUAUCCUCCAUCUGGUCCUCCUCCCUUCCCCCACGGAGAGGCGAGUCAGCAGCCUAAUCACCAUCAAUGGCAGCCCUACCAGUCGCCUUCAGAGGGCUCGCCUUACCCGGGCCAAGGCUCCCCCGUGGCGUCGCCGCACCAGGGCUCCCAUUACGGUCCGUUUCCCGGGCCUCCUCCUCAUCAACACCCGCAAUACGGGCCUCCACAGCCGCAGUAUGCCGAUUCUCCACCGCCGGCUGGGCAGUACCCACCCAGUCCCGGAUACGGAUACGGAUACACUGGCCAGCACCAAGCUCAGCCUUACCAUCCUCCAUCCUCGCCUUAUCAGCCGCCCGCUCAACCGCAGUACGCCGCUACACCUCCGGCUCCGCAUGGGUACCCUCCGGAGAUCAAACAUGAGUAUAGCCCAACGCCACCAAUGGGGCAGCCGCUGCAAACCGAGGAGCAGAGGGGCCUGAUGGGCGCACUUGCGGGAGGUGCCGCCGGCGCUUUUGCUGGUCACAAGGUCAACCAUGGACUACUUGGGGCACUGGGUGGCGCAUUUGCAGGACAUAAACUGCAAGAUGCAUACAAGGAUCACAAGAAGCAUAGUCGACCUUCGUCACGGCGCUCCAGCUCUUCUUCUUCCUCGUCCUCGACGGGCCACAGUCACACUGUCCAACGCCCACCGCAGCAUCAAGCGCCUCCGGUCGUGCACGGCACCAAGGGCAACUAUUCUCAGAGCUCCUCGAGGAUAUCGCUGGAUAACGACCAUGAUUUGAUUGCCGAGUGUGCUGAUAUCAAUGGAAGCAGGAAGCUCUCGUCGAUCUCGCUCAAUCGACUACUAACCAACGACGACGGACACUUCCGUUGGUCGCGCGAAGGUAAUUUUGCUGCCAGUGCCAGGAAUGUGCGACUCAUUCAUGGCGGCAAGUUCCUCGAGGCCGAGCUGUGCAGUUGUAAUGGAAGCUGGCGUCGGGACCAGAUAUGUCUGGAUGAAAGGAUUGAGAACUCGAACGGUAACCUUCAGAUGCUAUGGUGA